CGCACGAAUUGAGCAUGUAUACACUUGAAGUUCACUGCGCCAUUUAUCUACUUCUUCCUGCCUGCUCCCUCUCCUCGUGUCUGACACGAUCGCUUCACCUCUUUCCACAUUCCUACUCUCGUUUACGUUCGAGGUACACGAAAGAACGAACAGCAAUUAGCCGCAACAGACAGCACUCGCUCCAUUAUGCAGACAAUCGUCGCUAGUCACAACCUCACCACGGGUCUCUUCAUAUUUGCAUUCCUCGCCAUAUCACUCCUCACAGUGCGAAUCAUCCACGCCCUAUACUUCUCCUCUCUCGCACACGUUCCCGGCCCUGCAAUAAACAAAGUCACCGAGUUGCCCCUCCGAUACCUUAAUGCACGACUGGAACGCAACGAACGCAUCUUCGAAUGGCAUCGAAAAUAUGGCCCCGUCGUGGCGAUUGCCCCUGGCCAAGUCUCCUUUUCCUCAGUGCAUAUUGCUAAGGAGAUCUAUAGUGCCGCGGCGAAGCACCCGAAAAGCAGCUACUUUGAUAGCUUGGCCAUGUUUGGAUAUCGGAGUGUGUUCAUGGCAAAAGAACCCAGUGAUCACCGACGAUUACGAAAAAGGAUUUUUGCAUAUUAUCAGCCAACGAAGGUGUAUAAGCCAGCAGUGUUGGGCUACAUAAGAGAAUAUGCGAGACGAGCCUGUGUUGAGAUGGGCAAGGCUAUCCCUGCGAAGCAGGCUGGAGACUUCGCAACAGUGAAUAUUUUCGUCCAUUGCAACAACUUCUCUUUCGACAACAUCACCCGUUUCUGCCUAGGACCGAGUCUCUGCAGCGAUACGAUCCGUGGCGGCGAAGAGGCACGAAGUAUCUAUGUGGGGUGGGAAGAGUGCGAGCUCUGGGCGCCACUUGGAUCGAGCUUUCCAAUGGUUCUUAGCCUCGUUAAACUUUUCAAGAAACAGCUACAAGGCAAUGAGCUGUUCCUCACGGGUGAUUCGAGACUACAAGCAUGGUGUACCCAACAGCUCUCCAUCGCAGCCAAAGACCCUACAAAAGCCGGGCAGGAAUCUGAGUCAUUGCUGAGACAAAUGCUCGAAUACAAAUCCGAAGAUGGAAGUAGAUUACCACUUGACGAGAUUGCAGAGGAAAUUUUGGACAAUUUCUUCGCGGCGCAAUCAGUCGUGACAAAUGCGCUGAUAUUUUUGCUCUGGGAUUUGGCUCGAUUUCCAGCAUGGCAACAGAAGAUUCGAAAGCAGUUAGAGAGCUUCCCUACGGAGCAGGAUGGUCUACCGUCUUGGGCAGACAUUGAGACGGCUUCGAUAUUGGAUGCGUGUUUGCAGGAGUCAAGUCGCGUGCAUCCGUUGGCAAGUGGACGGGCGGAGAGAGUGGUCCCUGUGACCAAGUCGUAUGGUCAGACGGUCAUUCCGAAGGGGACAAUCGUCUCAGCCUCAACGAAGUCCCUCCACUAUAACGCCACCGCGUUCCCCCAACCAGAAGUCUUCGAUCCCGCUCGCUGGCUGGACGCCUCCGAGACACAACUAGCCGCCAUGAAAUCAUCUUUCAUGCCAUAUGGCCAGGGUGCACGCACCUGCAUUGGUGUUCCUUUCGCUAUGGCGCAAAUGAAGCACCUUGUCGCGUUCUUCAUUCUUAGUCACGAGAUCUUGGAGGACAAGGCUUCGGCGACAAAUAAGGCUAGUAUGAUGCAGUUGGGCACGCAGAGUGCAUUACCGCGUGGAUUGAGAUGUGAUUUGAAGGUUAGGAAAAUCAGUAACUAGCAACUUGUCUUUCAUUUUGGUGGCAGAACUCUUGUCGACGUUCGCAUAUGUAGCCUAGUUCUUACAAUAGAACAAGCCAAGUCUUCCCCU